AUGGUCCCCGGUCGGGCGGACCAGUGCCCUUUGACUCGGCACGCUGGCUUCAUGUCGGAGCUGACACUCAACGGCGAGGACACCGACAACAGCAGGAAGCCCUGGAUUGUGAUCGACGCGGCGGGCCUUCGCCUGGGUCGCCUCUCUACCCUCAUCGCGACGUACCUUCGCGGCGCCAACGUCGGCUCCUACUCCCCCUCCAUGAACAUGGGCACCUACGUGGUGGUCAUCAACGCGGAGAAGGUGACCGUGAGCGGUAACAAGAUGACGGAGAAGAUCUACCGCCGCCACGAGACCGGCCGCCCUGGUUCCAUGAAGGAGGAGACGUUCAUCAAGCUCCAGCAGCGCAUCCCGGAGAGGAUCAUCGAGAAGGCUGUCAAGGGCAUGCUCCCCAAGAACCGCAUGGGGCGCGAGAUCUUCGGCCAGCUCAAGGUGUACGCGGGUCCCGAGCACCCCCACGCCGCGCAGUCCCCCGUGGACUUGACCGCGGAGGUGAAGGCGAAGUGCUACUCCUCCGGCCAGCGCAAGUAA